CGCCGCACCAUCUCCGCAGGGCUUCGCGUUUCUGUGUGGAAGCGCAGCUGAUUAACACAACGACAACAUGCCCCCCCCACAGAUUAAGCAGGAUCUGAACCGGUCCGGAUGGGAGACCACCGACUUCCCCUCCGUGUGCGAGAACUGCCUGCCCGACAAUCCUUACGUUCAGAUGCUCAAGGAAGACCAUGGCGCAGAAUGCAAGAUUUGCACGCGUCCUUUCACUAUUUUCCGCUGGAAAGCCGAUCGCACCGCGCGCCAGAAGCGUACUGCCAUCUGCUUGACCUGCGCGCGUUUGAAGAACUGCUGCCAAUGCUGUAUGCUGGAUCUGUCCUUCGGGCUGCCGAUCGUCGUUCGUGAUGCUGCUUUGAAGAUGGUCGCCCCAGGCCCCGAAAGCACCAUCAACCGCGAAUACUACGCACAAGGUCACGAGAAGGAGAUCGAAGAGGGGCGUGGCGCGGUGGAGGAAUACGAGAAGACGGACGAGAAAGCUCGGGAGUUGCUUCGGAGGCUCGCCAACAGUGAACCCUACUACAGGAAGCCUCGCCAGAUAGAGGCCGCACCCCAAGACGAGGAGGGCGCGAGUGCAGGACCCAGCGACGCACCGGUCGUACACAGCCGCUACGGAAAUGGCCCGGGACCCAUUCGCACAAGCGAAAGCAGGAGGGGAACGCCACUUCCGGGUAGAGGACGAGGAGGUAUGCGUGGUGGUCGUGGUGGCCGCCCAUUCCCUAGCGCCGCUCAGGUGCCCCCAUCGGCUGAAGAUAUCCUACCGCCCGCGGAUCCGAACAUCACAUCGCUCUUUGUUACUGGCGUGGAGGAUGAUCUUCCGGAACAUACGCUGCGGACUUUCUUCACACAGUUUGGACAGCUGCGGUCGCUCAUUUGCUCCCACCGUGCUCACUCUGCGUUCGUCAACUUCGCAACUCGGGAGGGUGCUGAGGCAGCUGCCAAACAGUGCCAGGGUCGGGCUGUCAUCCAAGGCUGCCCUCUGCGUGUUCGAUGGGGCAAGCCCAAGCCGUUGGAUAACAUGGAUAGGGAGGAGCGCCUGAAGCAUGCCCGGGAAGGUCGGCAGGCGGCAGGCCCGCGGGCAGCCGAUUCUGGAAAGAGAGCCAUCACAGCUGCCGGAGAGGAGAUUGGCAAAGAGCAAAAACAACGGAGUUAUGCUGUCGCCCCACCCCCGGGUGCUGGGGAGGUCCAGUACUCCAGUCUGUCUGGUGACUGAUCUGCAUUUCUACUCGCAUUUUGGCUUGUUUUCUACAGGGUCCGGGAACAAGGAGGUCUUAUGUAUGUUCGCGAGCGGGCGUUGUGUAUAUUUUCUACAUUCUGAUUAAACCAUAAAAUACCCCCAAAGACGCCGGAAGGAGAGAGAAAAGUUUGGGUAUAC